AUGAAUGUGGAUGAGGUUUUCUCGCGCGAUCAAAUGCGCCAACAACAAGAAGAAAGAAAAAGCAGACUCAUCGCCAAGAACCGCCGAAAACGUUACCUCGAAGUCCACCCUGAAUACUUCGACGACUCCUCCCUCGAACUCGCAGAUCCCUUACUCUACGACCGACUCAUUCGCCGCUUCCAAACUGCUAGAGAACGCGAGGCAGAGGGCCAGCGCAAGGGCUUUUCAGGUCAAAUGUCAACCGACUUGUGGCGCGCUGAAGCGAAGAAAGACGCGCUCAAGCACACCGACCCCAACUCGCUUUUCACAUACACUCGAGGGCCACAGGGGCAGAUUAUGGAAGAAGACAAGGACGAGGUGCCAAUGACGAAAGAGGAGGGCAAGGCUUGGUGGGUUGACGAGAUGACACAGCGCUUCCUGAGCGGUGCGGACGACGACUUCGAGUACAAGACCGUAGAUGAGAAUGACAGAUACGAUGACGAGAAGGAGCGCGACAUUCAGGAUGCGUAUUUUGAUAGCAUGGAGUCUGACUUCGAUUCAGACGGCGAAGGGAAAGAAAAGGUCUUGACGGGCGAGACUGGCAUACAAGACUACUGA